AUGAAAAGACACAACACAUUUGGUGCAGAAUUUUUAAUUUCAUCAUCAACAAUAACCAGAUCAUCACCGCCACCAACACACCAUCAUUUCAAUCAUUGGAAAAUGGAGAUAAAAAUUACAGAAGCAUUAAGAGCAAGUGGUUAG